GUCAUAGAAGGUUACGGAAGUGUGUUUCUUGAAUGACAUAUUUUUCAGCGCAUUAAUACCAGUAGUUUUGAUGUGUAGACCUUGAGGGAAGUAGAGUUGUUCGUAUCGUGUAAAUUUUAAUAUUAUCAAAGGAGAGGAAUUUAACCUUUUUUCAUUAUGUCGAUGAAAGAAGCUAAGUAGGCCUAAUUUGAAUUUGUUCUCUACUUCGGUUAAGAAAGAGGCAGUCUUAUUCAAGAAAGAUAAAUCUUGGUGAGUUAUAAUAAAAAUGGACGAUCUAUUUCCUCUUUAGUUUGGCCUAGAUAUAACUAUUUAUUAUUUAACUAUCACUAUAAGGGUAUAACUAAUACUACUAAUAUUAAUACUAGAUCAAAUUUACGACGGCGUUAGUUAUUUGAAUAGUGUUAGUGACCAUUUGUCCCGAAAGGAAGGCAGACGAGCAAAUUUUUAAACUUUUAAUAGUUUUUAAAGUAAAAAGUAUCCAAAUUUUGUACCCAUUUUAUUUGAUAACAUAAUUUAUUAUAGUAUAGUUUCAGGGAUGAGUGAAUAUGAAUAAUGAAUAGGCUACAGACUAAAGAAAUUUUACAACUUUGUACUUAGUGAUACCGGUAGUUACAAUAAUUUACAAUGACAUGCCCAUGACAAUUCGAUUGUACUCAGCUUCUCUCUGUCUGAUGAGUAAACACUGAAGCUUAAUGACUUAAUGCAACCAAAAUUCACUCAAUUUUAUUCGAAAUUUCAAUAUUACUAUUAAUACUAGCCGUAAAGAUGAAGAGAUAGCUCUGGAUUAUUUUUCCAUAGCCGCGAACAUAUGUCUUAAAUUUAUCCCUAAAUCUGUCCCUAAAACUAACCUGAACCCUAAAUCUAUUCCUAAACUGGGUUUUGACCCUAUCGGAGCCAGGGACAAAACACGCAAAUGACUUCAGGGUGCUAUCUCUUCACAUUGACAUUAGCCCUAUUAGCAAACAGUUUCAUUCACUUCUCUGCAAAGCGCAAAGUAAGAAGUGGAAAAAAAGAUUAAUAUUCAUGAUUAUUAUACAGUUAGGGAAAGUAAGGCAUAAAAUAUUUGGUCAAAUUACACAGUGGGCGCCACUUUGAGUUUCUUUAUAGGUUUAUCUCCCUGGUAAACUUACGCAAUCAGCGCGACUCAUUUGAUUUUCAUAGUGUUAUUGCACUAAUUUCUUUCACAGCCGCCAUUUUUGUUGCCAUGAUGGCAGAUGCGCUACAGCAGGAAAGGUGCCGACUGAAAAAAACAAAUUUACUGCGAAAAAAUGUCUGCUAAAAAAAUAUCACAAAACAUACAAGCUGCAAAUUUAAUGAAACUUUUUAAAGAAAAAUCAACAACUCUAAAUUAAACAGAAUGUUAAGUCAGUCUCCCUAACUUAUGCGUAAAUUGAGUCUCCCUAAAACUCGAGCAUAAAUUUACCCCCUAAUUUAGUCCCCCUAAUGUAAGUGUAAAUCUCCAAACCUAAAAUCUAUGAUCUAACGCCCAAUGUAAACGCUAAAACCACAUGUUCGUGUUCUACUGUUAUUAAAUUACACACUGUACUGUUCUAAAGUUAAUGUAAAUUUGAAUAUAAAGAUUAAAAAUACUUUUAAAACAUUCAAAAUAAUGAAAACCCAUCUUACAGUUUCACAGAAUAAAUUUUACAUGCUUUAUUGAAGGUUCCACAAAAAUUAAAUUUGUACAAUUGCUUCUUUUUUUUAAAUAUUAUAAUUAACCACCCAAUGAAAUAUAUUAAUGUAAAAGCUCAUUAAGAAAAAAAAUUCCAAUCGGCAUAUUAAUAUUUAAAAAAAAGCAAAGUUAGCUCUCCACGGGUAAACAAGGGGGAUAAAUCUUACACAGACACCCAAUCUUACACAGACACCCAAAGUGGCGCAGAUAAUGUUCUUUGACCAAAUACUUUCUUUAUUCCAAAAGUUAAUUAAUUUUAAAUUUAUUUUUGAUAUAAAGAAACAAAAUUUGCAGCUCUAGCCCCCCCCCCCCCCCCCCCUGGUUUGCUACUCAUAAUUAAAGGAUCCUCCUAGGAGGUAGUGGAAUUUAGCAUUUUUAAAUUAAGUUAUUGUAAAUAAAUAGUACAGCAAAGAAUAAGCUCUUAAUAAUAAAUUAAACUUAUACAUUUUUUUUAGCUCCCAGUUGGUAGAGGUAAUAAAAAAUUCCAUGGGCCUAUAUGCUAUAGGCUUAGCCUAUGUAAUACAAUAAUUAUACUUAGGCCCUAUGUAUUAAAAAUAAAAAUAAAAAAUACUACCGUAUGAAUGAGUGUUUGAGGGGCAAAGGGGGGCCACCACUCCGGUUUGCACUUUUAGGGGUUAUGAUAACUUUCUAUAAAGGAUGUGUGUGUUUUAUUAAGGGAGCGCACUUUUGAGAAUUGACAUCUGGCAAAAUUUAGUAAGGAACACCAUUACUAUGGUCUGUACCCUGAUCUACUAUUAAUAGCUGAGGAUGGAUAGCAAUUUUAGAAAAAUGUUUCCUUCUGCAGGUUUUAACCUUCAUUUUAUUAGUGUUAGGACAUUAAAAAAUGUGGACUCAUUAAUGAUUUUCCUCACUUUUUUCAUCACAUUUAGAAUUUAUAGACUCUGCAUUCAGUAGUUUAUAGUUAAACUAAAUAAAUUAUUGUAACUUUGUCUUCAAAGAUAAUAAAUUAACCUAACUUUUAUUUCUAAAAAAGAGAGAUUUACAUUUAAAAAAGUAAAAAAAAAAAUUUAUAUUUAAAUUUCCCAUAUUUAACUCCAAGAAAGCUUGCAUAGUAAUAUAAUUGAGUUUUGUUAACUUUAAAAAGAAAAGAGCACCUUACCAUGAAGAGCUAGAAAUGAAUAUAUAUUUCUUAGUGAAUAUCUAGAUGUUGAUUAAAAUUAAACUUAUAACAGGUACUCAAUGAUAGACUUGACUAGUCUACCGUAAGAAAAUAUCACCAAAAAGUCAGAGAAAAAAGAAAAACUUAAUGAAAGAAUUGAGAAUAAAAAUUUAUUAAAGGUUAUAAAUUGCAGGAAGCUUAUCUGAGAAUAUGCCACUGAUAAAUAUUAAAUAAAGGAUAAUAAAUGAGCGACUGCAUUCAAGCUGUAUGAAGGCUAUAGCAGAACAAGAUAUGCGUAGGCUUGUAAUGAAAAGACAGACUGCAUUCCCCAAUUAAAGCUGUUUGAAGGCUAAAUAGAACAAAAUAUGCUUAGGUUUGAAAUGAAAAGACAGACGGCAUUCCCAAUUAAAGCUGUGUGAAGGCUAUAGUACCGGUAGAACAAGAUAUGUUAAGUUUGAAAUGAAAAGACCGACUGCAUUCCCCAAUUUAAGCUGUGUGAAGGCUAUAGUAGAACAAGAUAUGCUUAGGCUUGUAAAAGUAUCCAGUAAUAGGGCUGCUAGGUAGCUUUAUAGGGCUGCUGGUAGCUUUAUACGACUGCUGGUAGCUUUAUUUGGCUGCUAGGUAGCUUUAUAGGGCUGCUGGUAGCUUUAUAGGGCUCCUGAAAUGUGGGGGUCUGAAAGUAUUAUAGAUAUUUGUUGUUUUUGUUGCCAGGACAGUCUGCUAAAAUGCCAAACUGUUUGUUUCAAAACCUGAUACAUAGCAAUACAAUUCUAGUACAAUAGAAAGUUGGGUCAAGUUACAUGCAGCGCUCCACUCAUUAAAAAAAAAAUUAGUUUAAAAAAAAAAAAACUUUAAAUUUAUUGAAAUAAUUGUUUGAGAAAUAACUUCAAUUCUUAAAUCUGCUACUCAACCUAACCUAAAUGCUAAGUCAGUAUCAAGCAUAACUUUACCCCAAAAUAUAGUCUUCCCUAACUAAUAAUUUAAGUUGUUUUUUUUAUUCCUGAAAAAUCACAGUUUCAUGUUGAACUUCGUACUGGUGAUGCCGUCUUCUAUAGCAGAAUUAUAUUGUUGAGUUUUGGGAUGUGAUGGAUAAUGAGUCAGGAUAAUCUAAUAUCAGAUUAACCCGUCUAUAAUAUGUAUAACUAUAUGAGUAUAGUUUACUGACAUAUGUAAUAGUUUCACAAAAUUUUCUUAUUCCUUAUCUCUGUCAGACACACAAAAACAUGCACAAAUCAAUAACACGAGGAAGUGUCCAACAAAUAAUAUUUGUCACCUAAAGCUGGAUAUUUUUCAAUUGGCCACCUCCCCACAAUAUUGUCAUACCUGUUACAGACCUGUUUACUCUUAUGAUUUUGGCGUACAAUGUAUGAUUUUGAGGUGUAUACAUUAUAUAUACUGCAUGUUUAUUUUUUUUACUUCUAAGAUAAUGUAUUGUACAAUUUUAAGAUUUUGAGGGUAAACAGGUCUGGUAAACAGGCCACUGAAGUAAAUAGAUAUAUGUUAUGACAGACAAACUCCAUAAAGAAGAACAUUUAGACCAGCUAUGAAUUAAUUUUACAGUUUUUUAGCUUUUCAAUUUAUCCAUGACUAUCAUACAAUUGCAGUGUAGGCUGAUGAAUGCUCACAAGAGUCCUCUGAAGUCAUUCUUUUUUACAUAUUUUCAGGCAAUUUGAAUUUUCCACCCUGCUAAAAUAAUGGAGUAGUUUGAUGAGUGUAAUCAUGUGGCCGAACAACACAAGGCUGUUCCCUUUCAUUUCUUCUCAAAGUAUUUCAUGGACAUUGUUGGCUUGAAUGGCAGCAAACAAACUUAAAGGACUUGUCAGCAGGAACAAGCGCCGUCUGAAGGAAGAUGGCUUUGACUUGGAUCUCACAUGUAUCCUAUUUAAUUGAUUAAACAUUAUUAUACAAUGCCAAUUUGAGGUUUAAAGGGGAAAUAAGAUGUUUGAAAAGCUUUUUAAAAUAUUACCUGUGAGCUAGAAGAAAUUGUGAAAGUUGAUUAUGGAUCAUUCAGCUCAUAUUUGGAAAUGAAUGUUAGUCAUGAAAUGAUGUCUCAUGGUGAUUGGUUCAUUAGAUUCAUUUAAAUAAAAAUUAUACUGAACUUUACGGGUGACAUAAUCAUAAUAAUAGCAUAUCAUUUGAUGCCUUCAUGUUCCCAACAGGUGUCAUGUGCCAGUUUUUUAAAACAGAUUCAUUUUUAAAAAAUGCAAAACACGUACCCAUAAUUAUGUUGAAAAAAUUGUGAAACAAAAAGCCCUUCAAGAGGAGCAGAUUACAACAAAAAAACCCUCAAGAGAAGCAGAUUACAACAAAAAGCCCUUCAAGAGGAGCAGAUUACAACAAAAAGCCCUUCAAGAGGAGCAGAUUACAACAAAAAGCCCUUCAAGAGGAGCAGAUUACAACAAAAAGCCCUUCAAGAGGAGCAAAUUACAACAAAAAGCCCUUCAAGAGGAGCAGAUUACAACAAAAAGCCCUUCAAGAGGAGCAGAUUACAACAAAAAGCCCUUCAAGAGGAGCAGAUUACAAAAUUUAAACUCAGCUUUUUCAUUAAAACUUCUUGUGUAAAACAAGAUUUCCAAUAUUAGCCCUAUUGUCCAACAGCUGAUCCCCUUUUUGCAGGGAAAAGCCUGAUAAAGAUAAAUCAUAAUGUAUAGCACAGGUUCUUGAGUCUUGUGUCUCCUGGUACAUAAAGUAACCUAAUUGAACUUGUUUCUUGUGUCUCCUGGUACAUAGAGUAACCUAAAUGAACUUGUUUCUUGUGUCUCCUGGUACAUAGAGUGACCUAAUUGAACUUGUUUCUUGUGUCUCCUGGUACAUAGAGUAACCUAAUUGAACUUGUUUCUUGUGUCUCCUGGUACAUAGAGUAACCUAAUUGAACUUGUUUCUUGUGUCUCCUGGUACAUAGAGUAACCUAAUUGAACUUGUUUCUUGUGUCUCCUGGUACAUAGAGUAACCUGCUUUGUAUCUCAAUCAUUCAAUGAAAUGAAGACAAAAUAUAUGGUAAUGUGACAAAACAUGCAUAAUGGUGAUAACAUCAAAAUAAACAUCCUUGAGAGAGUGGCUACUUUCAAAUAUCUAAGAGAUACUAUAAAUGUGCACAAUGAAAUAAUGUCAGACGUGAAAGAAAGCAUAACAGCAAGCAACCGUUUUUAUUUGAGACUACAAAAGCUACUGGGAAGCUAAAAACCCUCAAGGAGAACAAAGAAAGCAAAAGACCUGUUUUAAUUUAUGCAAGUGAGACUUGGUCCCUUGCCAGAAAAGCAGAGAACCUGCUCAUUACAUGGGAGAGGAAAAUCCUCAAUAAAAUAUAUGGUCCUUUGAUAGACAAUGAUGUAUGGAGAAUCCUUACUUACCAAGAGAUAUAUCGUUUGAAGAUGCACCCAUAGUUGCAACGAUUUAAAAAGGCAGACUGCUCUGGACAGGACACGUUAAGAGGGUGCCGUAAUGUGGAGCAGCAAAAGUUAUCUCAGGCAGAAACCUAGGGAGAGACGGCUCAUCUGUCAACGAAGACUAAGAUGUAUUCACAACGUAGAGAAGAACUGAUCACAAGCUGGGGAUCCGCACAUGGAGGUGGAAUUUCAUGGAUCAAUCCCAAUGGAGGGAUGUGGUGGAGCAGGCCCCACAUGGGCUGUAGCACCACUGACAAUGAUUGUAGAGUGUAACUAAAAAUAGUGCUGUAUCUCUAUCUAUAUCUAUAUCUAAAAAAUUUGCUGUCAUUAUCAGGACAUGCACUUUUAACCUACAUUUCUCUAUUUUAACAUUUCUCUAUUGUAACAUUUCUCCAUUGUAAAGUUUCUCUAUUGUAACAUUUUGUUUGAUUGAUUUGAUAUUUAUAUUGUGCUGGUAUCCAUGCCAUUUUAGCAUGCUCACUGCGCUCUGGUCCUCCAAAAUCUAUUUAAGCAAAAAGGUUUUUAAUUGUUUCUUAAAUGAUUUUUUAUCAUUUACAAUUCCCCUCAAAGAUUGAGGCAAACUGUUCCAUAAUUUUGGCGCCAUCGCUUCAAAAGAGCGCACUCCGUACAACUUUUGUCUGUGUUUAUCCACACUAGGAACACUCAGCAAGUACUGUGAUGAAGACCGCAGACUCUUCACGGAUACAUGUUUAUAAAUCAGUUCCUUGAGAUAUUCAGGUGCUGAGCCAUUUCUCUAUUGUAAUGUUUUAUUUCACAUUACAUUUAUUAUGCAUUUUGUUUUAUUGGGGCUCUUUACUUUUGUAUAAAUACACAAGUCAAUAUUUCAAUGACUGCACAUAGUAUAGAUCACCUGUUUAUCAAAGUAUUCUUCAAUAUCCUUAGUUUAUUUCCUGUGCUUCAUUUUAUUACAUAGUUUGUUGACCUUAAUUUAUUUUAAGUAUAAAUUAUGUAUUGUGAUUUCUUACAAUUAACCACUCUACUAUUUUGAAAUGCAAUACCAUUGCAAAUACAAUUUAUGCCUUGAUAUAUACAUACAUACAUACAUACAUAUAAACAUACAUACAUACAUAUAUAGAUAGAUAGAUAUAAAAAGAAAUAGAUAGCUAUAGAAAGUAUGUGAAGAUAGUUUCAAUGAAAUGCCUUGCACCAAGUGUUAGACUAAGAUUAAACCUUAACUUCUCUCAAGAUAUCACACCCAACAUCAUUGCAAUGGGAUUCCCGGCAGAAAAACUGGAAGGCUACUACAGAAAUCACAUGGAGGACGUCAUCAAGUCAGAUUUUAGGCAUUUUAAAAUUAUCAUUAAUCGCCUGACAAUUAUUUAUCGCGUUUAUAUUGAUCCCCUGACUGGCUUUUGAUACCAUAUAUUUUGUUUUGUGUGUUAGGCACCAUAGUGGCUAAUUGCCACAAGAAUAAAUAGCUGACCAACUCAACUUUGUUUUUAUAUGUUCUCACAGGUUUUUAGAAUCAAAACACAAAGAUCAUUACAAAGUCUACAACUUGUAAGUAGUUUUUUUAACUGUUGACAGUCAUAAACACUUCAAUGUGCAAGGAAAGUUACUUGUCUCUGUACUGGAUUAAAAGUCCAUUUCAGUUUCAAUACCGAUAUAUAAAUAAAAAAAAAAUAUAUAUAUAUAUAACUCGGUCCUUAAUGACCAAGUCUAAAUGUUAAAUCUAUAUGUAUGGAAGCUAAAUGACUAAGUCUAAAUGUUUAUAACGAUAAACUCACACAUGGUGUUUUAUCAGAAGUUUUUGUUAAAAAAAUAACAAAAAAACUGAUUUAAGUCACAUUGAAAAUGAUCUUGAAGAGUUCUUGGACUCAUUGCAGAUGUUCUGAGCGGAGCUAUGAUCCUGGCAGGUUUCACAAUAGGGUGGCUUAUUAUCCGUUUGACGACCACAAUCCUCCCCGGCUGGAACUCAUCAAACCAUUUUGUGAAGAUCUUGACAGCUGGCUGUCACAGCACAGUGACAAUGUGGCAGCUAUUCACUGUAAAGCUGGGAAGGUGAGAUGUUGAAUCAUUUAUAGUCAUUUACUAACAGGUUGCAGUGUAUAGCAUACAGGUUGUAGUGAAAAUCUAUAGGUAGUAGUGUAAAUCACUCAGGUUGUAGUGUAUAUCACUCAGAUUGUAGUGUAAAUCAUACAGGCUCUGGUGUAACAGAGCUGUUCUUAGGCAUAGGCAAACUAAGCAACCGCCUAGGGCCCCACUGCCAAGUAGGGCCCCACUGCCAAGUAGGGCCCCACUGCCAAGUAGGGCCCCACUGCCAAGUAGGGCCCCACUGCCAAGUAGGGCCCCACUGCCAAGUAGGGCCCCACUGCGAAGUGCUUUUUUUUUUAGCCUAAAAUUUGCAACAACUGGUGUUAUCUUCCUAAGUCAACUCUAUACAUCUGGUGUUCUCAUCCUAAGUCAACUCUAUACCACUGGUUCUAUCUUCCUAAGUCAGCUCUAUACCACUGGUUCUAUCUUCCUAAGUCAACUCUAUGUCACUGGUGCUUUCUUCCUAAGUCAACUCUAUACCACGGGUGUUAUCUUCCUAAGUCAACUCUAUACCACUGGUGCCAUCUUCCUGGUCUUUCUAAGUCAACUCUAUACCACUGGUGCCAUCUUCCUAAGUUAAGUCACAUUAUUUCUGAAUACAUUCCUUGAUCGCCCUCAAAAGAAUGAUUUCUCCGCUUUCUUACGGAAAAACAUGUUGCAAUUUUAAAAAAAGGGCAUUGGUAUAUGUAUGGACCAAUAUUGAUGCAAGAAAUGUUCCAUUUCUCCAAGUGUAUAAUAUGUUAAUCGUCAGUCAUGUAUCCAACCACAUCAGUCUUGUAUCCACCCACGUCAGUCAUGUAUCCAACCACAUCAGUCAUUAUUCAACCACGUCAGUCAUGUAUCCAACCACGUCAGUCAUGUAUUCAACCUUCAACCACGUCAGUCAUGUAUCCAACCACGUCAGUCAUGUAUCCAACCACGUCACUCAUGUAUCUAACCACAUCAGUCAUGUAUUCAACCACAUCAGUCAUGUAUCCAAACACGUCGGUAAUGUAUCCAACCACAUCAGUCAUGUAUUCAACCACAACAGUCAUGUAUCCAAACACAUCGGUAAUGUAUCCAACCACAUCAGUCAUGUAUUCAACCACAUCAGUCAUGUAUCCAAACACAUCGGUAAUGUAUCCAACCACAUCAGUCAUGUAUUCAACCACAUCAGUCAUGUAUCCAAACACGUCGGUAAUGUAUCCAACCACAUCAGUCAUGUAUCCAACCAUGUAAAGACCAGGAAAUAGUUUGUUGCUAUAUUCUAGGAAUGAGCUUCCUGGUUCUGAGACCACAAACUAUAUUUGUGUAACCCCACUUGAAAAGCUCUUGAGACAAUUAGUGCGGCAUACUAAAAAGAAAUAAUCCUUUCCGCUCUUGAUUGAUUUCAUCAGCUAACAGUGUACUUUUGUUUGAAAGUGACGCUUCAUUCAUGUGCCACGUCAUUAGCCCUGACAAGUACCUGAGAUCAAAGUUUUAUGUAAUAUUUCAUGACCACAUCAUUAACUCUGCAACAUGGUCACCGUCCAUUGAUAAAGUGCAUGAUUUAAAGACAGUUCGGGGUUCCUUUUGGAGAGAUUAAUAUACCUGAAAACAUUCAUGAGGCAAGCUGUAUGAUUGAUAACCAAAAGCUGCAUCUGUCAUGGAGAGAUCUUCAUCUGUCACGGAGACACAGUGAUUAAUUUUCUAUCUGCAUAUGUCACGCAGAGAUAAUGAUUAGUUUUCUAUUUGCAUCUGUCAUAAAGAGACAAUGAUUAAUUUUCUAUCUGCAUCUGUCAUUCAGAGACAAUGAUUAAUUUUCGAUCUGCAUCCGUCAUGGAGAGGCAAUGAUUAAUUUUCUGUCUGCAUCCGUCACAGAGUGACUUAAGAAGAGUCUGCCCUUUCCACUGCUGAAGGACAAAUUGGCAGUCUCUGCUGUAUUUGGUACUGGUGAAUGACAGAUUGGCAAAGCAGUCUCUGCUGCAUUUCGUACUAGUGAAAGACAGAUUGGCAGUCUCUGCUUUUUCCCUUAGUCACUGACAAAUUGGCAGUCUCUGCUUCACUUUCCAUUUGUGACUGACAGAUUGGCAGUCUCUGCUUCACUUUCCAUUUGUGACUGACAGAUUGGCAGUCUCUGCUGCACUUUCCAUUUGUGACUGACAGAUUGGCAGUGUCUGCUUCACUUUCCAUUUGUGACUGACAGAUUGGCAGUCUCUGCUUCACUUUCCAUUUGUGACUGACAGAUUGGCAGUCUCUGCUUCACUUUCCAUUUGUGACUGACAGAUUGGCAGUCUCUGCUGCACUUUCCAUUUGUGACUGACAGAUUGGCAGUCUCUGCUUCACUUUCCAUUUGUGACUGAUAGAUUGGCAGUCUCUGCUUCACUUUCCAUUUGUGACUGAUAGAUUUGCAGUCUCUGCUUCACUUUCCAUUAGUGACUGACAGAUUGACAGUCUCUGCUUUUUCCCUUAGUCACUGACAAAUUGGCAGUCUCUGCUUCACUUUCCAUUUGUGACUGAUAGAUUGGCAGUCUCUGCUUCACUUUCCAUUUGUGACUGAUAGAUGGGCAGUCUCUGCUUCACUUUCCAUUUGUGACUGAUAGAUUUGCAGUCUCUGCUUCACUUUCCAUUAGUGACUGACAGAUUGACAGUCUCUGCUUCACUUUCCAUUAGUGACUGACAGAUUGGCAGUCUCUGCUGCACUUUCCAUUAGUGACUGACAGAUUGGCAGUCUCUGUUGCACUUUCCAUUUGUGACUGACAGAUUGGCAGUCUCUGCUUCACUUUCCAUUUGUGACUGACAGAUUGGCAGUCUCUGCUUCACUUUUCAUUAGUGACUGGCAGUCUCUGCUUCACUUGCCAUUUGUGACUGAUGACUGACAGAUUGUCAGUUUCUGCUGCACUUUCCACUGGUGAAUGUCAGAAGUUAUUGUUCUUCUUCUGGGUCUUCUUUCAGCAAGAUUAGUCAAUUUUCACCGACUGGGUUUCCCCUGCGUCACAGCACACCUCAAGCUGAAAUUGUCUCAGCACUGCCCUGCGUCACAGCACACCUCAAGCUGAAAUUGUCUCAGCACUGCCCUGCAUCCCAGCACACCUCAAGCACUGCCCUUCAAGUUAUCUAUUUAUGUCCAGUAGGUUGUGCAAUCUCUACAUGCUUGCUGUAGAGUAGGUUAUGCAACCUGUACAUGCUUGCUGUAAAGCAGGUUGUGCAAUCUCUACAUGCUUGCUGUACAGUAGGUUAAGCAACCUGUACAUGCUUACUGUAAAGCAGGUUGGGCAACCUCUACAGCAGAUCUGGGUCUUGUUUAAACCUAGUAAUAUUGUCACAAUCCUUCUUUUCCAAUCAUUCUUUUCUGUCUUUGACAAAUUGUUUUCUUAUAUUUUUAGAGCUUGAGAAACUAAAAAAAUAAAAAUAAAUUAUUGCUUGAUUUUAAAAAGACAAAAAAUGCUAAUGAUGAUGAUGAUGAUGAUGAUGAUGAUGGUGAUGGUGAUGAUGAUGAUGAUGAUGAUGAUGAUGAUGGUGAUGAUGAUGAUGAUGAUGAUGAUGAUGAUGAUGAUGGUGAUGAUGAUGAUGAUGAUGGUGAUGAUGAUGGUGAUGAUGAUGAUGGUGAUGAUGGUGAUGAUGAUGAUGAUGAUGAUGAUGGUGAUGAUGAUGAUGAUGAUGAUGAUGAUGAUGAUGAUGAUGAUGGUGAUGAUGAUGAUGAUGAUGGUGAUGAUGAUGAUGAUGAUGAUGAUGAUGAUGAUGAUGAUGAUGAUGAUGAUGAUGAUGAUGAUGAUGAUGAUGAUGAUGAUGAUGAUGAUGAUGAUGAUGAUGAUGAUGAUGAUGAUGAUGAUGAUGAUGAUGAUGGUGAUGGUGAUGAUGAUGAUGGUGAUGAUGAUGAUGGUGGUGAUGGUGAUGAUGAUGAUGGUGAUGAUGAUGAUGAUGAUGGUGAUGAUGAUGAUGAUGAUGAUGAUGGUGAUGAUGAUGAUGGUGAUGAUGAUGAUGGUGAUGAUGAUGAUGGUGAUGGUGAUGAUGAUGAUGAUGGUGAUGGUGAUGAUGGUGAUGGUGAUGAUGAUGAUGAUGGUGAUGGUGAUGAUGAUGAUGAUGAUGAUGGUGAUGAUGAUGAUGAUGAUGAUGAUGGUGAUGAUGGUGAUGAUGAUGAUGAUGGUGAUGAUGAUGAUGAUGAUGAUGAUGAUGAUGGUGAUGAUGAUGAUGGUGAUGGUGAUGAUGAUGAUGAUGGUGAUGAUGGUGAUGAUGAUGGUGAUGGUGAUGAUGAUGAUGGUGAUGAUGAUGAUGAUGGUGAUGAUGAUGAUGGUGAUGAUGAUGAUGAUGAUGAUGAUGGUGAUGAUGAUGAUGGUGAUGAUGAUGAUGAUGAUGGUGAUGAUGAUGAUGGUGAUGAUGAUGAUGGUGAUGGUGAUGGUGAUGAUGAUGAUGAUGAUGAUGAUGAUGAUGAUGAUGAUGAUGGUGAUGAUGAUGAUGAUGAUGAUGAUGAUGAUGGUGAUGAUGAUGAUGGUGAUUAUGAUGAUGGUGAUGAUGAUGAUGAUGAUGAUGAUGAUGAUGAUGGUGAUGAUGAUGGUGAUGAUGGUGAUGAUGAUGGUGAUGAUGAUGGUGGUGAUGGUGAUGAUGAUGAUGGUGAUGGUGAUGAUGGUGAUGAUGAUGAUGGUGAUGAUGAUGAUGGUGAUGAUGGUGAUGGUGAUGAUGAUGAUGAUGAUGAUGGUGAUGGUGAUGAUGGCCGCCUGUCAAUGGUAGCAUCAUUCUUUUUUUUUUUUUUUUUGAAUUUAAAACUCUUCUUUAAUCUGUAAAUUUGGUUUUAGGGCCGGACUGGAGUAAUGAUUUGUGCAUACAUGCUCCACCGCCAGAGGUUUCUAGAUGCUGAUGCCGCCUUACGACAUUAUGGAGCCACAAGGACCAGGGAUGAAAAGGUAAUCCAAUCGUUGAACUACUUAUGAAAUGUUCGUUUUAUUGUUAGGUUAACAUUUUUAGGUGAAAAGAACAAACUUGAAAGUUUCCAUUAUUAUCUGUUUAGGUACAUACUCUUGAUCUUUUAUAACAGGCUUUUGAUCAACAAACUGUUGAUCUAAUUAGAACAAUCUCUUGAUCUACUUAGAACAUGCUCUUGUUCAAAUUAGAGCAUCUCUUGAUCUAAUAAGAACAUGCCCUUGGUCUAAUUAGAACAUGCCCUUGGUCUAAUUAGAACAUGCCCUUGGUCUAAUUAGAACAUGCCCUUGGUCUAAUUAGAACAUGCCCUUGGUCUAAUUAGAACAUGCCCUUGGUCUAAUUAGAACAUGCCCUUGGUCUAAUUAGAACACUCUCUUCGUUGAAUUAUAACAGUCUCUUGGUCAAAUUAGACCAUGCUUUUCAUCUAAUUAGAACAUGCUUUUGGUCUAAUUAGCACACACUCUUUGUCAAAUUAGAACAAUCUCUUGGUAUAAUGAGAACACACUCUUAAUCUACUUAGAACAUGCCCUUGGUCUGAGUAGAACAUGCUCUUUGUCUAAUUAGAAUACUCUCUUGGUCUAAUUAGAACAUGCUCUUGGUCUAAUUAGAACACUCUCUUGGUGGACCGCACCGGGUGACACCAAAUUGAAAAAUUACAUAUUUACAGAGCACACACUGCUCGGUCUCAACAAAUUUCAUACAAUACCAUUUAUAAUGAUUCAAAGCUGACUGAAGUGUUCAGUAACUUUUGUAAGUGACAAGAAGCUAUAUUUAUCUAAAUUCUGAUAAAUAAAGCUUUCCAUUGAUACCAAAUACGAAAAGGUCAGGCAAUUCUAAGUACAUGAAUGGAAUCGGUAAAAAACUAAAAACAUUAAACAUAACUUUUUACCUAUUUAUAAUGGUUAACAAAAUAAUAUUUUACAACAUUUUCUAAUAUCUUUUAAUAAUUAAUUAAAAUUUAAAAACAAGGUUUUUGAAGCAAAAUAUAUCGAAACCCAGAAAUAUUUUCGCCGUAUCGUCGAUAGCAACACCUCUUAAAAUUUGAGCACGAUUUUCAUAAAGCACAAGGUGAUCUACAUGUUGUCUGUGAUUUCACUUGAAUCUGCUAUCUUUACCUUUGGACUGAUCUACUUAAGAAAUUAAAUCUUGCACAGCGACAUCGGCUUUACAAUUGGCAAAGUGGUGACCAACCUAGAGUCCUUUAAAUUGUUUCUACACGAGAAGCGCCGUCACUUGGUGGAAAAUGCUAUUGAAAUGGCACUUCUAAAAUCAGAUCAAAAUUGAAUUUCGCAAGAGAGAAGAUUAAGGUUGAAGAAGUGAAUAGCAGGAGAACUAUUGAGGAUCCUCCAUGGGAAAGUCAGUAGUUUCUGAUCUGAGUCUGCUGUUAAUUGAUGUGGUGGAGGAUAUUGAUUUUGAUCAAGUGAUUGACAGGUUUGCAGCUUUGAAGACCAGGAAAGGAGAAUUUUAAGUAAAGUAAAUUUAAUGUCAAAAUAACUGAAACAUUAUGUUGUUACAGUUCUUAAAUGCUUUGACCUCCUGAUCUUUAAUUAAUUUGAUUGUUUUCUUGUCAUUGUUAUACUGUUAAAUUAUUUUAACAAGAAGAGAAGAAAUCCUUUGUGCAAGUGAAGGGGAGGAGGGUGACACCAUGAGUUUACCAUACCGGGUGACACCAUGAGUUUACCAUACCGGGUGAAACCAUGAGUUUACCAUACCGGGUGACACCAUGAGUUUACCAUACCGGGUGACACCAUGAGUUUACUAUACCGGGUGACACCAUGAGUUUACCAUACCGGGUGACACCAUGAGUUUACUAUACCGGGUGACACCAUGAGUUUACCGCACCGGGUGACACCAUGAGUUUACAGCACCGGGUGACACCAUGAGAGUUUACCAUACCGGGUGACACCAAUCCUAGCUACGCCAUUGACUAUGGAUGCCUGGACUUGUAGUCUGUAAUAGCUUUCUUCUAUCCUAUCUAUAUCUGGUAGUGUGUAACUAUGUUCUUUAAUCAAAUCACUACCAGGCAGUGUGUGGCUGGUUUCUCCAGGUGUCAACUUUGUCUAGUCCUGCUGGAUAUGUGUCACUUUGUAGGUCAAGUCAUACUGGCAGAGUACAAAAUUGUAGGUCAAGUUCUGUUGGCACUGUGUAAAAUUGUUUAUCCUGUUGGCACUGUGUUACCUUUAAAUAGACUUUGACAAAGUACCACUCUGUGAGGUCAGAUUGGUGGAUUGAGCUUGUACAUCAAUUUGUUGGAUUGAGAUUGUACAACAAUAUGUUAGAUUGAGAUUGUACAACAAUUUGUUGGAUUGAUAUUGAACAUCAAUUUGUUGGAUUGAGAUUGUACAUAAAUUUGUUGGAUUGGGAUUGUACAACAAUUUGUUGGAUUGAGAUUGUACAACAAUUUGUUGGAUUGAGAUUGUACAACAAUUUGUUGGAUUGGGAUUGUACAAAAAUUUGUUGGAUUGAGCUUGUACAUCAAUUUGUUGGAUUGAGAUUGUACAUCAAUUUGUUGGAUUGAGAUUGUACAACAAUAUGUUGGAUUGAGAUUGUACAUCAAUUUGUUGGAUUGAGAUUGUACAUCAAUUUGUUGGAUUGAGAUUGUACAUCAAUUUGUUGGAUUGAGAUUGUACAACAAUAUAUUGGAUUGAGAUUGUACAACAUGUUGGAUUGAGAUUGUACAUCAAUUUGUUGGAUUGAGAUUGUACAACAAUAUGUUAGAUUGAGAUUGUACAACAAUUUGUUGGAUUGAGAUUGUACAGAAGUAUGAUCUAACAGCCAAUCAUUACCUUUUUCAGGGUGUAACAAUCCCAAGUCAGCGCAGAUACGUGUUAUAUUAUGCUGACCUACUUAAGCCAGGGAUUGUGUACAGACAAGUGAGCCUGUUGUUGAAAGGGGUCAAGUUUGAAACCAUUCCUAUGUUCAAUAGCGGCUCUUGCAGUGAGUAGAAGCAAUAAUUUGAAAAUAUGAUUUUUGGCUUAUGAUUUUCAUGACUUACAUUUAGAAUAACAAAUUUUAAAAAUUUCUAGUUGUACCACUAACUUUGUAUAGUAGUAUUGUUAUCACUUUUUGUGCCAUACAAAUUCUUUUGAUACUUCGGCAGUGCCAUAUUUUGAGGUUCAUCAGUUAAAGGUCAAGGUCUACACUUCCCCAAUCUACAAUGGAGUUCAGAGAGACAGAAACAGUUUUUACAUGCCGGUAAAUCACGGCAGCCAAUCUGUGCCCAUCUGUGGUGAUAUCAAGAUCGAGUUUUUCAACAAGUCAAAACUUAACAAAAAGGUUAGUUGUGAACAAUGUUCCCUCUAAGGUUUGCUGGUUCGUGUGCAAAAUCCUACAGUUGUGUGCAAAGUUUUACAGCAUCAAUUUUUUUGUGGAAAAAUUUUACAGCCCACAAAUACAAACACACACUUGCAUGAAAAGUUGCUGCGCGGAUACUCAAAACUGCUGCAGUGAGAUAGCUGCGCAGCAGCGCAGGUUAAAGGGAACAUUGGUUUUGAACAUAUAUUAUGACCAGUAAAAUAUCAUCUAAACCAAGCUCACGAGAAGACUGAAUGUUUUAAUCUUUAAGUUGUACACAUUGAUCAAGCUAAAAAUAGAACAAUUGUUUUACAUGUCAUUUUUUCACAUUCAGUGCCAACGAUUUUUUCCUUUGUUAAAAUCUUGAACAGGAAAAGAUGUUUCAUUUCUGGUUCAACACUUUUUUUGUAACUGACCGAGAGAGGGUGCAUCAAAACGGUGCGGCCAGCAAUGGCGCUGAUGAGGAAUACAACGAACAUUUGUCACUGACACUGCCAAAGGCGGAGCUUGACCGUGCCAAUAAGGAUAAAUCUCACAAACUUUUUAGUCCAAAUUUCAAAGUAAGUGUCUGCAAUGAAUUGACGAAUAACAACACUAGAUCAGUGUAUUUAAAAAAAAAAAUCAAAUUUUUCAUAUCAAAAUAAAAUAUGCAACUAUUUAGAAUGUUUUUUUUCUUUAGACAAGCCAAGUAUCUAUUGCCUUUAUUUUAAGAAGCAUUCUUUUCUAAACUUAAUUUUUAAAGUGAUAAAUUGGCAUGUUUCUGUUUAAUUUAAUUAAAUAAUUAUGUAAAACUAUUUCAUUGUAAUUUGUUUCUCUUGCUACAUUCGUCCUUAUUUGAAAGUAUGUUUUCUUCUUUAAGUUCUUAUUUCAUUUGUUCAAUAAAUUUUAGGUGCCUAUAAAAAGCCAAGGAAAUUCCUUAUUGUUUUGAUAAUGGUUAAUAUAUAAUAUAGCCUUUUGCAACAUUUGAUAUGGAAAAUGAAAGGAAAGAAGAGCACGAUAUUUUAACUAAAUUAUUCUUUGAUUAAGCUUGAUCUAAUUUUUCUUUUUCAUUGACAAGGUCAAGGUCUACUUUUCACCCAUGCAUGAAAGCAGCAAUCUGGAACGGAGUAAAAGCGCAGAUGACAUGACGAGAGAUCGGUACUCGGUCAUUUCAAAACGAGGUCCGCCUCACACGGUGACAACACCAAACUUUUUGCAUCCGCAGAAUCCAUCGAGGGGAUGGUCCUCAAAAUCCACACCAACGUCAGCGACGGCAUCACCACUGACCCCAGGACCACCUCCGCUCACCCCACCUCCACCCGCACACAUGGCUAUUCAAAAUAAACACAGCACCAGUGACCACUCGCUGCUGGAAAAAUAUCACCUGCUACCCCCUGAUGGUAACAUCCCCAGCGGGCGGAUUAAUCUAAAAGGGGACGAGAGGUCAGAAACGGGGUCUAUCGCAGGCAGCGUAGAAGCCAUUUCUCUGGCAUGCAGUGACGGUGAGGCCCAGGAUGACUUGUCUGACACUGAGUCUGAAAAUGAAUGGGAAGAUUGUGAGAUCACACAGGUAUGACACCUGCUAAGAUGCCCCCCCCCCCCCAAUUUGCAACUCACUGCAAUAAUUUUUGUUGAUGUUGUGCAGGUUAUACAUCACUCUGAGGUGCAGUUUUACAUCAUACAUCACCCUGUGGUACAGUUGUACAUCACCCUGUGGUACAGUUGUACAUCACCCUGUGGUACAGUUGUACAUCACCCUGUGGUACAGUUGUACAUCACCCUGUGGUACAGUUGUACAUCACCCUGUGGUACAGUUGUACAUCACCCUGUGGUACAGUUGUACAUCACCCUGUAAUACAGUUGUACAUCACUCUGUGGUACAGCUGUACAUCACCCUGUGGUACAGUUCUACAUCACUCUGAGUCUUUUUCUUAUUCUCUUGUCGGAAUAAUCUAACAUUCUAAACAUGGAUGAACCUUAACGCUCCUUCCAAGUAUUACAAAGUGGAGUUCAUAGUUGUGACAUGAUUACACCAACUUGUGGAUAAUGUAGGCCUUGUGACAUUAUUACAUCAACUUGUGGAUAAUGUAGGCCUUGUGACAUUAUUACAACAACUUGUGGAUAAUGUAGGCCUUGUGACAUUAUUACAACAACUUGUGGAUAAUGUAGGUCUUGUGACAUUAUUACAUCAACUUGUGGAUAAUUUUGGCGUAAUAUUAAAACAAAAUGGACGUGUUUUUCUGAAACUGAAGGGGAGUUCUGUGGAUGUAGAAUAUAUUUUUCUUAUGGACCUUGGGAGAGAGUUUCGUGUGAAACAAAAUAUGUUGUAUAUCUUUCAUGAAACAAAUACUUGAGAAUAUGUUACCAUAUGUCUUUGAUUGGGUAAUUCCAUUAGAAUGUAUGGAUGUUAAUAUUUCUGUUCUAAGCUCUCUUCUUGUCUUUGCCUGUCUACCACACUUGGACAUUUCAUGUGCCUUGAAUGGCUUAAAGGUUUAGAAAAUAACAUCACUAUUAUAGAAGGUAUGAGUAAUACAUACAAUCACAGUUGUAGAAUGUAUGAUGGACACGAGUAACAGAGGCCUCUGUGUAGAUAGGCAAAAAGCAUUUUGACAUUGUGAAAGAAAAUCAUCUUGCCUGUUUGCUUGUUUUAACCAAAACAUUUUUACAAAUUUCAACAACAACUGUAACAUUGCUACAAUAAUCAACUACAACAUUUCUACAAAUAUCAUCUGCAACAUUUCUAGAAAAUAUCAACUAGGGAACAACCGGUUAAACAUUUUUACUGUGUACUGAAUCCUAGUUUUUAAAGGCUACCAUUUCACCGUGGGUACUAAUCCCAGAGUACUUUUUUUGCAUUAUUCAUGAUGAAACUUACUGUAUAUUAACUGUGUAUAACGUGUUCCGUGUAUAAUUCCACUGUAUAUUAACUGUGUAUAACGUGUUCCGUGUAUAAUUCCAUGUCUAUGUAUAAUACAAAUGAACAAAAUAGAGAUUUAUUUUAUAAUAAAAAUGGCAAACUCCUUUAAAUUCUUAUACCCCGUAAUAUUUAAAAUUAACUGCGGUCAGACCAAUGCAACAAUGCUAAUAUCAUUUCAAAGGAGUGCUACCAACAUUUCUGGUGUUAUGCACUUAUACUGUACUUUCUCGAUCACCGAAGGCUUGAAUAGGCGUUUUAAGCCUAUAAUAAUAUAUCAUUGACUAGUUAUGAAAGAUUUCUUAAACAAGCAUAUAAUUUUGAACCGCCACGUUUAACAUAUUAUAACCACAUGGCACGUAGAGUUUAAAAAAAAACUUCAAUCCACAUGACGGUACAGUGAACAAUAAUGUUAUAAGUUGUUAAAAUUAAAUAACUUUCUCAAGUCUGAUGAUAAUCAUAUUACCAGACUUAUUUACUCUUACGAUUUUGCGUACAAUGUACGAUUUGAGGUGUAAACAUUACAUAAACUGUAUGUUUAUUUUUUUACUAUAAAUGUAAGAUAUUGUACGAGUUUAAGAGUUUGAGGGUAAACAGGUCUGUAUUACUUCAUUAAUUUAAAUAUAGGAAUCUGUAUUUCUCAUACCACAGCCAGCAUAAUUGACCGAUUGGUUAUCUAUAAUGACAUCUAAAUUUCAAUCAACUUCAUCAACUUAAACUCAUUAAUUUUUUAGUUACUAUUGAUCAGUGCAAAAAGGCCCAUAAAAUUUGUUGAAAAUUUAAAAGUUUUCAUUUAUUCAAUGGGGAGGGAUGUAAAUAUGUUAGAAUGCGUGUGCAGCUAAUGUUAUAUCGUGUGGAUUCAAAGUUAGCAUUAAGCAGCUGGGUGUUUUUUUUGUUCUUUCUUUCUUUGUUUGUUUUGGUGGGAAAUGAACUCCAACCAGUUUAAUAUGGAAAUUUAUGGAACAUCUCUAAAACUUUAAACUUCAAAUAAAUAUUUGGAUCUUUAAUAGAACGCUAGUAAAAGAAGUAUUUGCAGAGGUGAGUGCUUGACCAAAAAAUAGGAUAUUCGGACGGAGGGGAGGGGGGGGGGAAUGGGUUUUCGGUUGUUCCCUAAUUUCAAC